AUGCCUUAUGUGCGUGAGCUCUGUGGGAAGGGCUCCUGCUACCCCACAUACCUGCAGGGUCAUGCCGAGAUCCAUGUUGACCUCAAGAGGCCCUUUAAGUGCCGAGAGUGCCCACAGAGGUACCAGUAUCCUUGUAUGCUGCGCGACCACGCUAAAGUGCACUCUGGGGUCAGGCCUUUUACCUGUGAGCCAUGUGGGGAAAGCUUCAGGACUCACUCCCAGCUGCAUGAGCAGAGACGGACCCACACUGGGGAGAGGCCGUAUGAUUGCAAGCAGUGUGGGAAAAGCUUCAGCACUAGCUCGAAUCUGCAUAAGCACAGCUGGACCCACACCGGGGAGAGGACAUAUGACUGCGAGCAGUGUGGCAAAAGCUUCAGGACUUGCUCAGUGUUCCUUAAGCACCGAUGGACCCACACUGGGGAGACGACUUAUGUCUGCGAGCAGUGUGGGAAAACCUUCAAGACUUGCUCAGCGUUGUGUAGGCAUAGAAGGACCCACACUGGGGAGAGGCCUUAUGUCUGCGAGCAGUGUGGGAAAAGCUUCAAGACUUGCUCAGCGUUAUAUAGUCACAGCCGGACCCACACCGGGGAGAGGCCGUAUGACUGCGAGCAGUGUGGAAAAAGCUUCAGUACUCGCUCGGGCCUGUGUAAUCACAGCCGGACCCACACCGGGGAAAGGCCGUAUGACUGCAAGCAAUGUGGAAAAAGCUUCACCACUAGCUCAAACCUGCGUGCGCACAGCCGGACCCACACUGGGGAGAGGCCGUAUGACUGUAAGCAGUGUGGGAAUAGCUUCAGGACUCGCUCAUGUCUACUUCAGCACGUUUGGACCCACACCGGGGAGAGACCAUAUGAGUGCAAGCAGUGUGGGAAAAGCUUCGCAACUAGCUUGAAGCUGCAUAAGCACAGCCGGACCCACACUGGGGAGAGGCCAUAUGACUGCAAGCAGUGUGGGAAUAGCUUCAGGACUCGCUCAUGUCUACUUCGGCACAUUCGGACCCACACCGGGGAGAGACCGUAUGAGUGCAAGCAGUGUGGGAAAAGCUUCAGAACUAGCUCAAACCUGCGUGAGCAUAGUCAGACCCACACCGGGGAGAGGCCGUAUGACUGCGAGCAGUGUGGGAAAAGCUUCAGUACUUGCUCGGGCCUGCGUAUUCACAGCCGGACCCACACAGGGGAGAGGCCGUAUGACUGCAAGCAAUGUGGAAGAAGCUUCACCACUAGCUCAAAUCUGCGUAAGCACAGCCGGACACACAGUGGGGAGAGGCCGUAUGACUGUGAGCAGUGUGGGAAAAACUUCAGCACUAGCACAGUGUUGCGUAGGCACAGAUGGACCCACACUGGGGAGAGGCCUUAUGUCUGCCCGGAGUGCGGGAAGGGGUUCCGGGACAGCGGCGCAAGGAACAAGCACAUGCUUAUCCACAGGCGAGCGAACCUACACGUGCCCACAUUGCGAGAAAUAUUUCCGCAGCCCAGACACCCUCCUGUUCCAUCUGGUGGCGCACUCAAACCACAGUCCUUUAUAGUGUCCUGA